GAGAUGUUGCAUUUGCACAUAUUCUAGCAUUUGAGGUGCCUUCAGCUAGUGGGAGAUAUUGCAUGGUUGAAAGAACUGCAGACUAUUCUGAGGUGUUGAACAUCUUAGAUGCAUUCUACCCUGAUUUGCACCUCAACGAAAAAUUUAAAGAUAAGGAUGUUGGGAUACUGUUUAAGGUAUCCAAGGAGAGAGCAAUAAGCUUGGGUGUGAAUUUCAUUCCUCUGCAGGUGAGUCUAAAGGAUACUGUUGAAAACUUAAAAGAAAAGGGUUUCUUAAGUAUAUGACUCUAAAAGGCUUCAAUGUUAUCCCAUGAAAUUCAUUUUUCCUUCUGUUCCCCUGUUUUUAUUCUCCAAGUGUGAUUGUGUGAAGUGAGUGACAACAAUUCCACUUUAAGUUGGUGACCAAAAUCUUAUUUCAAAAGUUGUUAUAGGCUAGGGUAGCAAGUAGCAAGGACUUGGGUUUCAAGUCUUGACAGAGUCGCAUAGGUGUUCGUUAUGUUGCGAUGUACCAUUUACAUUUGACUUUCACACUUCAAUUUUAGCAUG